GGUGGCUGUCAAAACAUCUGUUGAGACAUUGUAUUUAAGUAAACAAAUAAACGUGCAGUGUCCGUGAGUUUACGACUAAUGAAUUUUUCGAAGAAAAUUAAAGGAAUUAUCGAACCGAUAUGCCGCUCAUCAUAAUUUCUGGGUUGCCUAGCAGCGGUAAAUCAACGAGAGCACAACAACUGCAACAGUUUUUUACGAAGCAAGGAAAGAUAUCGAAAAUCGUUUCGGAAAAUGUUUUCAUCCCGAAAGCUGGCUACCAGAAAAACGAAUACUUCGCCGACUCGCAAAAGGAAAAAAUUGUUCGAGCCGAUUUGAAAUCGGAAACUCUUCGACUGCUCAAUAAGGAAGACAUUGUCAUUUUCGACGCCGGCAACUACAUCAAAGGAUACCGAUACGAACUCUAUUGUGCCACCAAAUCAGCCAGAACGUCACAAUGUACAGUAUUUUGUGGCAUACCGAAGGCCAGCGCCUGGGAGUUUAACUGUAAGCGCACGCAAACCGAACAGAAUUUGAAUGAAACCGGCAAUGAAUUGGACAAUGGUGAUGUUAUGUACACGCAGGAAAUAUUCGACGCUUUGUGCAUGCGUUUCGAAGAACCGCACGGGAACAGUCGUUGGGAUUCGCCAUUGUUUACCGUAUUCCCGGAGGAUGAACUGGAUGUGGAUGGAAUAUACAAAGCACUUUUUGAGAGUGUUCUACCGCCGCCGAAUACGUCUACGCAGAAUGCUCCGCUUAGCGCAACCAACUACCUCUUCGAACUCGACAAAUUGACGCAGGACGUUAUUAGCACCGUCACCGCAUCGCGUAAGAUCGGUGUCGUUGGUCCGGUUAAAUACAAAAACUCGCUAACGAUAAACGUUCCGUCCGACAUGAAUGCCAGCCAACUGAAUCGUUUGCGUCGCCAGUUUUUGAAUUACAACAAACUACACACAUCGACCGGAAGCAAUUUGGACACUGCGGCCCAAUUGUUUGUGCAAUUUUUAAAUUCGAAUUUCAAUAAAUAGAAAAAGUCGACGAAUCCGUCGAUGAGGUAAAACAGAAAGGAAA